GGUUGCUGGGAAUUGAACUCAGGACCUCUGGAAGAGCAAGCAGCUAAUGCUCUUGACCGCUGAACCAUCUCUCCAGCCCCUAGAAGUUUCUUAAUAGAAUAAUUUUGAUAGUAUGAUUCAAAUGUUAAAAGACUUUCUUGAAAUAAAACAGAAACUACUGACUCAUUCUAGGUUUAAUAUUUUGUUGAGUGGCUUUAAAAUGUUUGACUCAUAUGCACAGUUCAGCAAAAAGAAACAUGAAAAUUUAGCAGUGUUAAUCUUUUGUUCCUUUCUGCAAUUAAGAUGCUUUUUACCAAUGGCUGAGUAAAAAAUGUUCAGACAGAAGCAGUGGAACAUUUAUGAUCCUAAAUAUUGUGCAGAUCCCCCCUGCACGGACCUACCUUGUUCUUCCACCACAUACCCUCAAUAGAUAGUCAUCUUUAUUUUGUGUGCCAUCCCAAGAUUCAGAGGUAAUAGCAACAGUGAUCUUAUUCCUCUCUGCUUUUUAAAGUGCACAACACAUUGGGAUUACUGUAAUUAUUAUGUUGUGUGAGAGAACACUUGAAUCUAUUUCUCCUACCUGAAAUGCUGUGUCCAGACAUCUCCAUCUCCCCAGUAUCUCCCUUUCCUCUACCAACUCUGCCUGCCCUUUAGCCCCAGCAACCACCAUCAUCAGUUUUUGUCCAGGUCAGCAUUCUUAGGUCAGCAUAGAAGUGAAAUCAUGCAGCCUUGGUCUUCUUGUCCCUGUCCUCCUUCACCUAACAUCUGACAGUUUCAACCUUGUUAAAAUAACAUGAUCUCCAAUAUGGACCCUGAACCUUAUUAUGGGCCUGGGCUACAUUUUAUAUAUUCAUCUGUUGGUGGAUCAGGCCGGAGAGUAUCUUCGUGUGACAGAGGUAGAAACAAUUUGGGGUAAAUCGAAUGUUUAAAUACAAAAUGAAAGUUCAUUUUUGAUAUUAAAAGCUCAAAAUAGUUCAGUUGGUUUUGUUUCUUGCUUUUAUGAGUUAACAUUGCAGUGAGCGCAGGGCACAGCUGCCUGCCUGACAGUGAUUUCCUUUACAUAAACAAUGACUCCUAAUUUUUAAUUUUUCUGGGGUCAUCCACAACCAUUUUCAUAAUGACAUUUCUUACAUAAAAUGUAGCAUCAUGUAGUCAUACCAUAUUAAUUACUUGGAUUAUGUAGCUUUAUAUUUAGGAUCAUAAAUAGGUUCUAUUGCUUCUGUCUGAACAUUUUUUACUCAGCGAUUGGUAAAAAGCAUCGUAAUUGCAGAAAGGAACAAAAAUCUAUUAGAAAUCUUGCCUGUAUUCUUAGAAGUACUUUGAUUAUAACAAUUUUAUUACUAACAAAGCUGGUGGUUAGAACUUCCAGGGUGUGAGGAUGUUGGAAUGUUGAAACUCUAGCAUCCCGUCUUCAUGUGCUGUGUUUUUAGCUCCCUUAAUAGCAUUGCACACAUGACCUAAUGCCCAUGUGACUAGGUGAAACCUUUGAAAUGUGUUAACUUAGCAGACUACCAGCUGAAAACCUAAGAAUGGUCGGAAAGCAACUGAAACCUGACCUCAGUCUGCUGUAAAUUGCAUACCUGAUAUUUCCACCAAAGUAUUUGGAAAAUUCCAGGAUAUAUAACUUUCUUAAACAGCGAAAAACUCCACUAAACUAUGCAAUAUAUUUGGGGCAACUGAUUUGGUGUUCUAGAACGAUUAUCACUCAUACUUGGUUCAGUAAUAAACUCUUGGGGUAAGAGGUGUGAUUUAUGCUUUUUGUAAAGAAGUAAGUUUAAAUGUGAAGAUAGAAAACGAAAGACCAUAAAGCAAUGGGGCUAUGUUUUUUGCCUGGGCUGGAGAGAAAUCCAGAGAUUAUGAAGGCCUGGUUGAGGCUAAAAUAAUUGCUACUCAAGUCAGAGUGACUUAAAAUCUUACCCUCUGAAGGGCUGGACGAGAACCACUUCUGUUUGUGCUGUCAGGUAGCUCAACAACAUUACUGGACCUCUGCAUUACGGGAGAUGUACCCCGCAAUCCACUCCCCCAAACCACCACCUCUCUCCCCUCUUUCUCCGCUUCUCUCCCUCCCACAAGCCUAGCAGUUGCAGUACGCCUGCGCACCUCUUACGUCACUGGUGCAGAGGUUCCGGUCAGGUCAUCUGGCUUCCGCCAGGGAGACAACCUCGUGAGUGCCAACCCUGUGCACCUGCGCAGACCGCGGCGUCUGUCCGUCACCAUGGCAGCAUGUGCUGGGGGCCCGGGAUCCUGGAGUGAAAAUAUACUGAAAUAUUUUCAGAGGAAUAGCCAGAUCACGGCAGAAGAUGGUGCUGAAAUCCUGUGGUACCAUGCAGCCAACCACAAGUCCCAGAUGAAUGAGGCACUGAAGAGUGCUGCCCACAUGAUAGAGGCUGAUGUCCUUCUUCCUAGUGACGGAUCAGAGCAUGGCCAGCCAAUCAUGGCCCAUCCUCCAGAGACAAGCAGUGAUAAUACUCUGCAGGAGUGGCUGGCUGAGGUCAUGAAGAGCAACAAGGGCAUCAAGUUGGAUUUCAAGAGUCUGGCUGCCGUCAGAGCAUCCAUGCUGUUCCUGGACAACGUGAAGCAGCACCUGCAGCGGCCUGUGUGGUUUAAUGCUGAUGUUCUUCCCGGCCCAAAUGGAAGCAGCAAAGUAGUAGAUGCCAAUGCCUUUCUAGACACUGUGACAUCCUUCUUUCCAGACGUGACCUUUUCCUUGGGUUGGACAACAGGAUGGCAUCCGGAGAAAGUCAAUGAAGGCUACAGUUGGUCGAUGGUGAAAGAGAUGGAUUAUAUAUGCAGCGAGCUAACCCAGCCGGUCACGUUCCCUGUCAGGGCAGCCUUAGUGAGGCAGUCAUGUUCUCAGUUACUCUGGCUAUUGACAAAAUCAAACAGGUACAGCUUAACCAUCUGGACUGGAAAAGAUGACAUUUAUUCCACUGAAGAUUUACUUUACAUUCGAGACUACUUUAAUAAAACCCAAGUUUUCUAUGAUAUUUUAGAACCACAAAACCAUGAAUUUAAACAAGCCAUUGGAAUCCGAGUCACUCUUUAACAAUAUAGUUUUUAUAUCUGUAUCUAUAUCUAUAUCUAUAUCUACCUGUUGGUUGGUCUAUCUAUCUAUCUAUCUAUAUCUUCUAAAUCACUUUCUCUUUGGUUUUAUGAUUCUUUGCUGCUUUGGUCUCAAUCAAUGGCUGUAUUAAUUGUAAUUAUUGGUAUAUGAUAAAUUUAUCAAAUCAGAAAUGCUUGUUGUGUGCGUACUCUGACUUUAUAAUGUCUCAUGGCAGUACAUGUCUGUACAAGACUUUACCAACUGCAAUAAAAUUGUUUUAAAAUUAUAGUGAAAGUGUUCAAGCUGGGUGUGGUAGCAUGUGCUUGUAAAACCCCAGGACUUCUGAGACUAAAACAGGAAGAUCAAGAAUUCAAGGCCAGCCUGGGCUAUAUUGUGAUACCUUGUCUCAAAAGCAAAUUUUUUAUAAUGUCUCUGUAAUCAUCAUUCAUUAAUUUUGUAAAAAGACUUGAAUCAAUAAAUGAACUACUUUUUGAUGAA